UCGCUAUUUCGAGUCACCGUUACAGUUUUCCUCCCUGGUGACCUUGAGACCUUGACCUUGUUCGCACAUCUGUGUUGUGCUGGGCUUUCCGGUCGGUAGUCUUCAUUUCGCUCUGCAUCGCCAGCUUGUCACCAGGUUUUACUCUCCACUUUCUCUUCUUUCUUUUGCUGAAAGCUUUGUUUUAAAACACAAAGUUUAAAUUGUGUGCGUCAUGAAAAUUACAUUUUUUUGUGUUCUUGUAGUAAUUUACUACUUACAUCCUACUGUGUCAGUUCCUCCUCCAUGUGUGGAAGACGGCCAAGAAUACCCUCCAGAGGCGCAGUGGACGGUGGUGGUCAAUGGAGAAUGUGAGGGAAGGAGCUGCUCACGAACUGGUGAACUGUCCAUGUCAGGGUGUCCCAAAAUACAAGCUCCGAGAGGGCUGCUACGUGACUCGAGGAGAUCUGACCAAGAGCUACCCCGACUGCUGCCCCAAGCCGGUCUGUCCGCCGCCGCCAUAGACGGAGCUGGACACAGAGCCCGGAGUAAAAGCAAUUAGCGAAUAACAUAUUAUGAGCGUUUCCAGUUAUUGUCAACCCGCCCUCUAUGUGUCUAGAAGUUUAUGAACUCGUGUACAGGUUAUUUUACAGUGUUUUGUAUGCUGAUGAUUUGAAACUGUAUGGAAAAAUUCGAGACAAUAACUACGUUUCUGAACUGCAAUCAACGCUAAAUCUACUUAGCCUUUGGUGCUUAAACAACAACUUGUUUUUAAAAUGUAAAGAAAUGUUUUUCGAUUACUUAUUCUAGGAAAAACAUUUUUAACUCUACCAGAAUACUCUAUUAAUGUAACUCUCUAGCUCUCUGCACCUAGCUACAAUUAGUAACUCAUGUUAAAGAUCUUUGACUCGACUUUUACGUUUGACAAUCACCUUAAUUUUAUCAUAAAUGGAUGCCAUGGGAUGUUGGGCUUUGUAAUUUAUUAGA